AUGGAAGCGUGGCUUCCCGUCGGCAAUCGAUCGGCUCCGGUCAGUAAUCCGGCAACUGCUGCGGCAAACGCUGCCAACCCCAAUCCCGCUCAGGAAGUUCCCGCUGCUAUUGGAGAGGUGAAUUUCAACCCCGAUCUUCAAUCCAAUCCCUAUUUCUUGCACGCAAACGAAAAUCCAGCGCUGGUGCUCGUGUCUACCCCGAUGGAUGGCUCGAACUACCAUCCCUGGGCUCGAGCAAUGACAAUGGCUCUAUCCUGUAAAAACAAACUUGCGUUUGUCAAUGGAACCAUCACCAAGCCUGCAAUAGGCGAUCGAAAGUAUGAUGUCUGGGAACGUUGCAACAACACAGUGGUAUCAUGGAUUGUCCGAUCGUUGUCCCCGACUAUUGGCCGAAGUGUGCUUUGGAUAGACACGGCGUAUGGAAUCUGGAAUGACUUGAAACGACGAUUCAGUCAACAAGACCUAUUCCGGAUUGCGGAGAUUAAAUGUGAAAUUUAUCGAACGAAACAGGAAGAAGGCUCUCUGAAUGAAUAUUUCACGAAACAUAAACUGUUAUGGGAUGAGUUAAUGAUCCUCAGGCCUACCAUGCUGUGCGGAUGCAAUCCAAAAUGUCAAUGUGGAAAAAGAAUUGACGAGAUGAAUGAACAGGCAGAGAAGGAUAAACUCUCUGUUUUUCUGAUCGGGUUGCAUGAUAGGUACACUGGAGCUAGAAACCAGAUCAUGCUCAUGAAACCCUUGCCUGAUGUGUGUGAAGCAUAUUCGAUGAUAGCACAACAAGAAAGGCAAUUUUAG